AUGUUGAUGGCAGAGUCAAGUUCCGUUCUCAGACCCAGCUCUCCCACCUUUGAUCUUCCUCCUCCUGAGGAAGCUGGAGGAUGGAUCCUGCUUCUCGUUGUUACCAGCUUAAGCAUCAGGUCAGCUGUGGUCAGGAAGAGUGAGUCACUUCUUCGCAUGAAAAAAAACAAAAGUCCUCCUUGUCCUCACCCUCAGUUCCCUGCCUUCCUCCACCCUCCCCAUCCCAGGCCCUUCCUUCUGGGUUCACGGUUGGAAAGGGGGGAGCCCCCAGCAGCUGCCUCUGCAUCCAUCCCUAUUGAGAUCCCUCUCAGUACUCAGCAGCAUCCAGGGCCUUGUUUCUGGGAAUGGCUGGCUUUGCCCUCCAGGAGUUGA